AUGUUACAUAGCCCUGGUAUUCCUCAGCUGACCAAGAAAGUGACCUCCCUCCUACCAAUUACUUGUGUUCAGCCCAUUAGUAUUCUACCCUUUUCUGACCUUACUAAAAGAGGACUACCUGUCACCAAGCAAUCAUCAUCUUCAACUGCGGGAGAUUCCCCUAUACGUCGUGGUAGACAUGGUAGAGGAAGACCGAGAGGGCGUGGGCAGCGGGGUAGGGGAUCGGGUCGAGCGCCACGGGGAAGGAGAUGGAGAGGACAAUCUGCAGAGAGGAGAGAUGUUGUGGCCCUGCAGUUAACACGCAACAGAGUUGAUGUAGCAAAGAGACAUGUCCACAGCUUGAAUCUUGAGCAGUGCCGAGAAAUGUUGGUGCAAAUUGCCUCAAGAUCCGCAAGUUUCAUAUUGGAUAUCAUAGAGGAAGCUCAUCCAAGACCAGAUCCACCUCCACCCCUUCCCGGAGUACCAUCUUGGUGCACAUGCAGCAGAUGUAGGGAGAUGCCUACACAAGUGGAGAGAGUCUGUUGCGGAAGAUCCCCAGAGCAGUGCACUACUCUUCUGCCUGAUUUUCAUGUGCUCUGCCUGGAUGAGGCAGUGCUUGCCCUUGCCCGCCUGUACCGGGAGGAUGUGUUGGCACUUCCGACAGAUGAAGAUUACAACAGGGCCAAUAGACAAUCGGCGUAUCGACAGUACAUUUUAUGGACCUAUGGUAAACUCGGGACAGGGAAUAGGAAAGUUAUCCCUAGCUGCAUCACCUGGAGGAUAAGGGACAAGUAUCCAGAAGCAUCUGGGCAAUACGUUGGAUUCAUUCCUGGGAGACUCGCUUAA